CAAUAUAUCUGUCUGACCUUCGGAAUUUACCAGGAACCAACCAAACAGGGAACCAAUUUUGCGGGAAAAAUACUAAAUACUGAAAUUUAACUUGUUUGUCUUAUCUUGCGUUCAAAAUACAAGUAAAACUGGUAUAAACAAACAUGGGCAAAAGCAGAAAGUCGAGGGCAGGAGUAGCUGACAGCAGUGGUGAAAUAGACGAGGUAGUAAUUUCAUUGAUCGAGACAACCCUUAGAGAAAGACUUGGGUACCGUUCAUUGCCACCAGAAAUUUGUGGAUUUGAAAAAGAAAGAAGAGAAUUGCUGGAGUUGAUAAAGAGAACUGUCACAUCAGGGGAAAGUAACUCUGUUCUGGUUAUUGGUCCUAGAGGAAGUGGAAAGACAAUGCUAAUUAAAAGUGUACUAAAGGAACUUCUCCAGAGUAAAGAAAUCAAAGAAAAUUUACUGCAAGUUCAUUUAAAUGGUUUGCUACAGACAAAUGAUAAAAUAGCUUUAAAAGAGAUCACUAGACAGCUGCAUCUAGAAAACACAGUUGGUGAUAAAGUAUUUGGAUCUUUUGCUGAAACGUUGCAGUUCCUUUUAGAAGCUCUGAAAAGUGGAAGUCAGUCAAGCAAGCCUAUUCUAUUUGUUCUGGAUGAGUUUGAUUUAUUUGCAUUUCACAGAAAUCAGACGUUGUUGUAUAAUUUGUUUGACAUCUCACAGUCGGCUCAAACCCCAAUAUGUGUUCUUGGUGUAACUUGUAGAUUAGAUGUAAUAGAGUUACUAGAGAAGCGUGUAAAGUCUCGGUUCUCACAUCGUCAGCUACACAUGUUUAACAGUCUAACAUUUAUGGAGUAUCAGCACUUGUUUACUGUCAUAUUAAGUUUACAAGAUGAUUUUCCAGACCAGAAAGUUGCUGCAAACUGGAACAAACAUAUCAAGGAACUAAGUGAAGAUAAGAGUGUUGUUGACAUAUUACAAAGACAAUACGAGUACAGUAAAGAUGUUCGUGCCCUUAAACAACUCCUGACAUACCCAGUGUGUCAUCUAAGUGAAGAUAAUUCGAAACUGAAGGCAGCAGACUUUCAGGAAUCUCAGAGAAUGAUAACUAAUGAUUCCAAGGCAUCGAUGUUACAUGGAGUAUCUAUAUUAGAGUUGUGUUUGAUCAUUUCUAUGAAACAUUUGGGAGAUAUUUAUGAUGGUGAACCAUUUAACUUUGAAAUGGUCUAUAAAGAGUAUCAGAAAUUUUCUCAAAGAAGAUCCUCUAUGCAAGUAUUUGAGAAACCAGUUGUUAUGAAAGCUUUUGAGCAUUUGAUAGCUUUAGAGCUAGUAAAACCAUUAGAUAACAGUGGGGGAACAAAGGUUCAGAAAGAAUACAGACUUAUGUCAUUAUUAAUACAUCCUUCACAGAUUCUCACUGCACUCCAGAAAUAUCCUAAUUGUCCUACAGAAAUAACUCAUUGGGCCUCAUGUUCUCUCGCUGUAUGAAAUAGGACUUUAUCCAGUGAGAUACAGAAUUUUAUUCAGUGAGAUACAGAAAUUUAUUAAGUGAGAUGUAGAAA